AGCUACGACGGGGGUGCUCUUUGCUAAAAGCAUGGCCGUUUCCCUGCUGGCGUUCGCCUUCUUCUUCUUCGGUCUGGAGCUAGCAGCAGCCAAGGCAGACAAGCCCAACAUAGUUCUCCUGUUUGCAGACGACGUACGUGAAACACAUGCGAGUUUUUUUACAUGGCGUCCUUCAAUGUCUACUAGCUAGUUGGGCUAUGGGGACUUGGCGGUGUACGGUCAUCCGACCUCCACGACUCCAAACCUGGACAAGAUGGCGUCUGAGGGGCUCGUCAUGACAUCAUUCUACAGCUCUUCCCCCGUUUGCAGCCCCUCCAGGUCCCUAGACCACGUGAACCAUUAGCUAUCGACCUUUGUUUGUGUGUGUUUGCAGAGCGUCCAUACUGACAGGGCGCUACCAGACCAGGAGUGGGAUAUAUCCCGGAGUUUUCAAUCCUGCUAAUGUUGGAGGUCUCCCCCAUGACGAGGUGACGAUGGCUGAACUCCUGAAGCCUGCCGGCUACAGCUCAGCCAUCGUGGGCAAGUGGCACCUGGGAGUUGGCGCCAACAACACCUACCUUCCGACCAACCAGGGCUUUGACCACUACUUGGGUAUUCCGUAUUCACACGACUUUUGUCCCUGCUUCACCUGCUUUGCUCCCAACAUCCCUUGCUUCGAUAGCUGUCGAACUGAUGAGACGCCCUGUCCGGUGUUUAACAACACGGACAUUGUCCAGCAGCCGGCUGAUCUCCUCUCACUCACUGCCACGUACAUCAAUGCUGCAACCUCCUUCAUCAAGACAAAGGCUGGAGAGGACGAGCCGUUCUUCCUUUACAUGGCGUUCCAGCACACGCACCACCCCCAGUUUGCCAGUCCAAAGUUCACAAACACCAGCAUAAGACUCAAGUUUGGAGACUCGCUGAACGAGCUGGACUGGGGGGUGGGGCAGAUAUUCUCCGCUCUCACCGAGGCCGGCGUCAGCAACAACACCCUUGUAUUCUUCGUCUCUGACAAUGGUCCGUCGCUCAUGAGAGAGAUCCGUGGUGGCAACGCAGGUCCUCUGCGAUGCGGCAAGGGGACAACGUGGGAAGGAGGGCAGAGAGUGCCAGCUAUUGCCUGGUGGCCUGGCACGAUCACUCCUGGUCGAUCCUCUCAGGUAUAUAUCAGAGCGUCGGUAGACGCUCUAUAUUAUAGGGAUGACACGGGUGAAAUCUCACGUGAUCCGCGUACAAAACGCCUCAAA